AUGACUGGCAGCACUCCAUCCAAGUCAUUCCGCUUCCGUGAUCUCCCUAGUGAAAUACGCAAUAAGAUCUACCGCAUCAUCUUGUGCGAGUUCGAUCACUCGCCCAGCCAAUUCGAUGAUGACUUCAUGGAAGACGUACUACAAUUGCCGCGCGUCGAACAUCGUAUCGAGACAUCCAUACUUCGAACAUCGAAGGAAAUAUACCGCGAGGCUUACGAUAUCAUGGUGAAGACUAACCGCUUUGUCAAAGUGACAUCGGUGGACGGUUUGCCUGUUAUAGGCGCUCUCAGCGGACAGCAGACUCCAGUGGUCACCCAGGAAAAGUUUCUCGUCGACCAGUUCAAAGGGUAUGUGCUCAGUGUGCACUUUGGCCUGAAGAAGUCUUCGAGAAAUUCGGAUUGGUAUGAGCCUCUGACUGCCAUGAUGUUACAUCGGCAUCUGGACAAACUUUGCCAAGGUAUCAAAGAUGGAGAUGCGCACUCGCCAGGCUUCAGUGAGUCUCUCAAGAUCUCAAUCAGGAUGGCACCUGUCCUGGACAAUAUACGAAGUAACAACAUAAUGCCCUCCUUUGAUGGUUUCUUCUCGGAGAAGAUGCAGAAAACCUUGUUCGCACCCCUAAGGGCCAAUCUCCAUGGUUACAAAGGGGUUGAAGUCAAGGGGCAUGUCGAUAGCAGCGUCGCAACAGCUCUGCGUCAAGACAUUGCAAAAAAUCCAUACUCUGAUCCUGCAGCGAUCCUAGCCCAGUACAUGGCCGCAAAAGAGGAAGGAACUCGUCUAUUCCACAAGGGUCAACAUGAACUUGGAUGUUUGAAAUGGCAAGACGCCACAGUCGAGAUCGACAUGUUGAUCGUCUCAAGCUCUUGGCCUGACCUGGUUCGUCAAGGAAAGGAGGCGUUCGUUUCGCAGUUUGCCCAGGUCUAUUUCAUUAUGCGUCUCAACAUCAUCCACGCCCAGCUUUCCAAUUGGUCGGAGAAUUCCUUUGUCGCCGGGGUACCGGCUGAUGACUCGCUGAACUGUGCCUUCAAGUCGCUUAAGCAGGACUACUGGAUGAAGGGAUAUAAGCACACCGUGUCUGCCACACACAGGGCAAAACUGCUGUUUCGGUAUGCAACCUUUCUGAGGUUGGAAGCGGACCCUAGGAAGAAAGAACUGGCCCUGAAAUCCAUCAACCUGGCUGUGCAGAAGCAACCUGGAGAUCCAGGUAUUUUGAGAGAGAAGGACAAGAUCCUUGAGUGGAUGAGGCAAUAG